AUGGUGAAUGUUUCUGAUGCUCUAGGGUUGACUCGCCGUUUUUUCAGUGCGAUAAACAACCCAGUGCCUGUCCGUUCCGGAUGUGCUGUAUUGAAAAAAACAAAACCUGAUUUAACCUCAUGGGUACCACCACAAAUAAGACCCUAUGAUUUGACAGGACUCUACUAUAGCAGAGAAGAGCAAAUUAGACUUGCAAUGGCAUUCAGAUUAAAGUUGAGAGGAAAGGGUCCACCAAAGAAGGGUCAAGGAAAGAAGUCUCAAAUGAAAAAGAAAAAGUAA